AUGCAUCCUGUGUUUGAAGUUGCUGGAUACGAAUUUCCAGCAUUCAAGUCUGAAUAUUAUGCAAAACGAACAGUGAACUCUGUUCUUUAUGAGAUAUUGGAGAGUUGUGUGAAAGUGUUCAAUCUCAACCUCGACGCACUCUUCCUCAACAACAACCAGUUUACCGGGGAAAUACCGGACAAUCUGGGAAACACCUCUGCUCUUUACCUCACCUUGGCGAACAACCAAUUCACCGGUCCAAUCCCAAAAAGCAUCGGCCAAGCUAAAAUCAAUUUGCUGGAGGUGUUGCUCUUGAACAACAAACUGUCUGGUUGUCUUCCGUAUGAAAUCGGGUUGUUGAAGAUAGCAACUGUCUUCGAUGCCAGCAUGAACCAGUUGACAGGUCCCAUUCCGCGCUCUUUCGGGUGUUUGGAGAAGAUGCAGCUGCUGAACUUGUCAUUUAACAAGUUGUAUGGGACGGUACCGGAAGAGCUGUGCCAGCUCGAUGACCUGUCGAAUCUUACUCUGAGUUUCAACUACUUCACACAGGUAGGUCCAGAUUGCAGAGAGCUGAUCAAGAAGAACGUGCUGGACGUUAGGAUGAAUUGCAUUCUGGACCUACCUUUUCAGAAAAGUAAGGCUGAAUGUGCCGCUUUUUUCUCAAUCAAGAGGUCGUGCCCGGAUGAAAAGUCUAUGAAUUACUUACCUUGUAAUAUUGAGGAUUUUGCUUCGAGGAAAGCAUCGUCUGAUGGAGAGAUACUAAUGCCGCCCGUGCCUGCUCCGUCGCCUUCUUAUGCUGCUCUGGAAAGGUAUCGUAAGAUGGAUUUGCCUUAAUUGUUGGUUCAGUCCCCUGUUGUUCAUCCAAACUCCAACGGCCA